CUUUACGCAAAACAGGCCAACUAUAUCGUGACAGACAUAGAAAAGGUGGGCAAAUUAUUGGACUUGGGCAACAUGACGACCUUUGAAGGCUGCCUCUCCAAAUGCACCGACCAGCUCUUCACUCCAGCGUUCAAGUGCAAAGCAGUCAACUUUGACAAUUCCACAAAAAGAUGCUACAGCCUAGAGACCCAGGCCGCUCAAAAGGACAUCAAGCAAGAAGCGAAUUGGAUCUACGCCUUCCGUAGGCAAUUUAAUUUGUGUUUGUGCGUGUUUGUGUGUGCGAGCGGUUUUGAGCACUUUUACUGCGAUACUACUCAAAUCUUUAUUGCCUGUCGGUCUGCUCGAAAUCAUUUGAUAGAUGUUCUAGCGGCUGAAGAAAUUAUAAGAAAUUACAUCCAGUCUGGGUACUACUACCAGUGUACAUUCGAUAUGGCUAACGAAGAGUAG